AUGAGGAGGUGGUCUCUCCUUAAAAAACGACUUUCUCUUCUCUUCAAAAUUCAUAUCCGCACUAUCCGUGAUCAAAUCCGCACCUUUAAGAAAGAUUCUGAAAAACCCAUCACUGAAUACUUGAUGCAUGCAAUGUCUCCCUUUGAUUCACUCACUGCCGCUAGCUCAACCAUGAGGGAUGAGGAAGAGGAACAACUCUUCAACAAGAUGUCAUCAGUCUCAGUGUCAACUGGUGUCUAUCGUGCUUCCGCCGAUCCUCAAACCCACUUCAACAUUGAACGAGGGCCACCAACAACACCCAUUAGUACAAUAGAUAUCGAGGGCAAAGACGAGGUUGUGAACUCGGACGUCGAGGUGGUGGAUGACGCUCAAACAGAAACAACAACUAGAGCCGUCGCAGGAAUUAUGGAAAGAUUUUUUAAGAGAAAGUCAUCAUUGGGUAGUUCGGAUAGUGUGGGUAGUUCAAGAACUUCAAGUUCAAGACAAAGUGAGUUAGAUGAGGUUUUGGCUAAUCUUCAGGCAGACCCGGGACUAGGAAUUCGUAUGAUUGAGUAUGAUACUAAUAUUAGAGAUGAGGUUCGAAGAGCAUAUCUACAAAAAGGACCUUGUCAACCUAGAGGUCAUUCUUUCCCACAAAGUAAUAUCUCAGGAAUUAAUCGACGCUUCAUUCCCCAAUGGUUUGAUGAAUUUGAUUGGUUGGAGUAUAGUGUAUCUAAAGAUGCUGCAUUUUGUCUUUAUUGCUAUCUCUUUAAAUCCAAUUUUGAACAAGUGGGUAGUGAAGCCUUCACUGGAGCAGGGUUUAAGAAUUGGAAGAAAGGGAGAGAAAGAAUGAAGGUGCAUGUUGGACCGGUUGGUAGUGUUCAUAAUAAAGCUAGAGAAGCCGCUACAAAUUUGAUGAAUCAAAAUACACAUAUUGAAACGGCUGUGAGCAAACACUCUGAACAAGCUCGUAUGGCAUAUCGAAGAUGCUUAAUUGCAUCAAUCAAGUGCACUAAGUUUCUAUUGAGACAAGGUCUUUCUUUUCGUGGAAAUGAUGAAAGUGCCACUUCAAGCAAUAGGGGAAAUUACUUGGAGCUAUUGCAAUUCCUUGCAGACAAUGAUGAGAAAGUUAAAGAAGUUGUGUUGGAAAAUGCUCCGGGGAAUCUCAAGUUAGUAGCUCCAAAGAUUCAAAAAGAUAUUGUCAAUGCAUGUGCCGGGGAAACACUUGAUGUCAUCAUGAGUGAUUUAAAAGAUAGAUUCUUUUCUAUAUUGGUGGAUGAAGCACGUGAUAUUUUUGUGAAAGAGCAAAUGGCUAUGGUGUUGCGUUAUGUGGAUGACAAAGGGCAUGUAAUUGAAAGGUUUGUGGGGGUUCAACAUGUUACCGACACCACUUCAAGUUCACUAAAGGAUGCCAUUGACAUAUUCUUUUCUUCCAAUGGUUUGAGCUUUUCCAAGUUACGAGGACAAGGUUAUGAUGGAGCUAGCAAUAUGAGAGGUGAGUUGAAAGGCCUUAAAACAAAGAUUUUGAGAGAACAACCUUGUGCAUACUAUGUUCAUUGCUUUGCUCAUCAACUUCAACUAGCACUUGUUGCCGUAGCAAAGAAGAAUAUUGAUAUUGCCUCUUUCUUCACAACCACUAAUAGUGUGGUUAACCAUGUUGGAGCAUCGUGUAAGCGGCGUGAUGCACUUAGAGCACAACUCCAAGAAGAACUUGUGAUAGCUUUUGAAAAUGAUUGUCUUAUAACGGGGCGAGGUUUGCAUCAAGAAACAAGUCUCAAACGUGCCGGUGACACACGAUGGAGCUCACAUUACGGUACCAUUAUUAGCAUCAUUUCUAUGUUUUCAUCUGUGAUUCAUGUGCUUCAAAUGAUUAUUGAUGAUAAUCCCAAUGAUAGUGCCGGUGAAGCAAAUAAGAUUCAAAGGGAAAUGCUUACUUUUCAGUUUGUGUUUCACCUAUUCUUAAUGAAGGCUAUAUUGGGACUCACAAAUGAUGUGUCACAAGCAUUGCAAAAGAAAGAUCAAGAAAUUGUGAAUGCAAUGGCUUUGGUGAAAUCAUGCAAGGAAAAGCUACAUUGGAUGAGGAAUAAUGGGUUUGAUGCAUUGGUUGAAGAGGUGUCUUCAUUUUGUGACAAACAUCAUAUUGAUGUUCCUAACAUGGAUGAGGCCUUCGUACUUCCAGAGGAGGUCAAGGCGUAA